GGCGACGCCCACACUCCUGUCAUUCCAAAGCCCAGAAAUGGUCACGUGUGUCUCCUGCUCGUAUUUUCCCCUCCCGUAGCUGCUGUGAGCCGCGGCCAUGAACAUCAAGCACAUAAAAAAUAUUCUGCCGCCCCAGGACGGGGCGGCCAAGAUCACGGCGAUGGCCUGGUCACCCAACAACAUCAAGCUGGCGGUGGCCACAGCGGAGCGUGUGGUGCUGCUGUUUGACGAGCAGGGGGAACGCAGGGAUAAAUUCUCCACCAAGCCAGCAGACGCCAAGUACGGCAAGAAGAGUUACCUGGUAAAAGCCAUCGCCUUCUCGCCCGACAGCACCAAGCUAGCCAUCGGACAGACAGACAACAUCAUCUAUGUCUACAAGAUUGGGGAGGACUGGGGGGAGAAGAAGGUGAUAUGCAACAAGUUCGUCCAGUCAUCGCAGGUCACAUGUUUGGCCUGGCCGGUGGAGGGGCCCAUUGUGUUUGGUCUGCUGGAGGGGAAGGUGCGGGCUGCCAACAUCAAGUCCAACAAGUCCCAGACCCUGUACCAGACCGACUCCUAUGUGGUGUCUAUUGCGUCAAACCUUCGAGGGACAGCCUUCCUCUCGGGUCAUGCGGACGGCUCAGUGGUCCGGUUCUACGUGGCUGACGACCCCUACCAAGAACCCCAGGGCAAGAUCAUCUCCCACUCCUGCCCGCCCUACGCCCUUGCCUGGACGAGCAGCAGCGUGGUGGUGGCGGGGUGUGACAAGCGGGUGGUGGUUUACAGCAAGAUGGGAAAGAUCACGCAACAGUUCGACUACAGCAGAGACGCCACAGAGAGGGAGUUCUCGGCCGUUGUCACAAGCCCCAGCGGUCAGGCUCUGGUCAUUGGAAGCUAUAACAGGCUGCGUAUCUUCGACUACAACACGACGAGAGGUAUGUGGGACGAGAAGGGGACGAGGGAGUUUGAUGGCUUCUACACGAUCACAGCUCUGGCGUGGAAGAGGGAUGGCUCGCGGCUUGUCUGUGGAACGCUGUGUGGGGCUGUGGAGCUGUUUGAUUCUGUGCUGAGGCGCUCCGUGUGGAAGAACAAGUGGGAGAUGACCUAUGUUGGCCCCUCGCAAGUGCUGGUCAAGCCCCUCGCUGGGUCAGGUCCCUUCGGCAGCCGUGGGGUCAUCUUGAGGUCACAGUAUGGCUUUGAGAUCCACGAUGUUCGGAUUAUGGGCAAGGACCGUUACCUCGUGGCGCGCACCAACGAGACGCUACUGCUUGGGGACCUGCACCGCAACCUGCUUAGCGAGGUGCACUGGGGCGUGGAGCCGGGCUCGGAGAAAUUCUACUUUGACAACGAGAAUGUUUGCCUCAUCUUCAACGCCGGGGAACUCUCGCUGGUGGAGUAUGGCAACAAUGACAUACUGGGAUCUGUGAGGACGGAGUUUAUGAACCCUCACCUGAUCAGCGUCCGUCUUAACGAGCGUCGGCAACGGGGGAUUGAGGACAACAAGAAGAUGGCCUACCUCCUGGACCUCAAGACCAUCUGUUUGGUUGACCUCACCUACGGGCUCACGCUAGGUCAGGUCACACAUGACUCUCGCAUUGACUGGGUUGAGCUGAACGAGACUGGUACGCAGCUGCUCUUCCGGGACAAGCGACUGCGGCUUAUGCUUGUAAAUGUCUCGACCCUUAACAAGUCAACUAUUCUCAACUACUCUACGUUUGUCCAGUGGGUGCCGGGCAGUGACGUGGUGGUGGCACAGAGCCGGGAGCAACUCUGUGUCUGGUACAACAUCGACACACCAGAGAGGGUGACCACAUUCCACGUCAAGGGGGAGGUGACGGAUGUGGAGCGAGCGGACGGCAGAACAGAGGUCAUUGUGCAGGAUGGGGUGCAGGAGCUGUCUUACGCGCUGGACGAGGGCCUGAUCGAGUUCGGGACAGCUAUAGAUGAUGGGGACUACCUGCGGGCUAUGAACUAUCUGGAGACGCUGCCCAUGACUGCCGAGGCUGAGACUAUGUGGCACACCUUAGCCCGCUUGACACUGGAGGGCCGGCACUUGUACAUCGCCGAGAGGUGUUUCGCGGCGCUGGGCGAGGUGUCUAAAGUGCGCUACCUCCAGGGCAUCAACCACAUACGCCAGAUGGUCCAGGACUCAACGGGGGAGGAGGGCAUGGAUCACUACGAGGUGCUGGCCCGCCUCGCCAUUCUAGACAAGCAGUUUAAGACAGCCGAGAGCAUCUACUUGGACAACAACCAGCUGGAUGAGGCCAUGGAGAUGUACCAGGAGCUGCAUAAGUGGGACGAAGCGGUCCAGUUAGCCGAGAUCAAAGGUCACCCAGAUGUUGAAUCCCUGCGUCGCGCCCACACCCAAUGGCUGCUGGACACUCAUCAGGAGGAACGCGCCGGCCAGCUCAAGGAAGCGGAGGGCGACCACCUCACUGCCAUCAACAUGUACCUCAAGGCGGGCAUGCCGGCCAAGGCGUCUAGACUAGCCACCAGCGUCACCGAGCUUCGCGAGGACCCUGAGCUGAUAGCACGCAUCGCCUCGGCUCUCCUGAGGGCUGACCUUUUCGAGCAGGCCGGCGACCUGUAUGAAAAGGUCGGACAGCCGCAGAAAGCCCUGGAAAGCUACCGUAAGGGUCAGGCCUACCCCAGAGCUGUGGAACUGGCGCGACAUAUCUUCCCGGCUGAGGUGGUACAGCUGGAGGAGGAGUGGGGCAACCAGCUGAUGUCCAACAAGCAAGCAGACGCAGCCAUCAGUCACUUCAUUGAGGCCGGCCGCACCAUCAAGGCCCUGGAAGCUGCGAUUACAGCCCGGCAGUGGAAGAAGGCCAUGCAUAUUAUUGAGGUAAUUGAUGACAAGGAUGCGCUCCAGCCUCACCUCCUCAAACUCGGGCAGCAUUUCGCAUCCCACAAUGAGCUUCAGAAGGCGGAGUAUUUCUACCUGAAGGGCGGGAUGCAUAACGAAGCAAUCAACAUGUACAACCAGGCAGGUGAGUGGGAGCGCGCACACCAACUGGCCAGCAAGUACAUGGGAGCGGACAAGGUUGCUGUCAUGUAUGUUAACCAGGCUCAGGUACUGGAGGAGCAGGGCAAGUUUAGGGAGGCGGAGAAGCUGUAUAUCUCCGUCCACGAGCCUGACCUAGCCAUCACCAUGUACAAGAAACAGCGACAGUUUGACCAGAUGAUGCGGCUGGUCAAGGAAUACCACUCUGACCUGGUCCAGUCCACACACCUCCACCUGGCCUCUCAGCUGGAGCAGGAAGGGAAUUACCAUGACGCUGAGAAACACUACAUUGCCGCGGACGACUGGAAGGCUGCCGUCAACAUGUACCGAGGCGUGGACAUGUGGGAGGAGGCGUACAGGGUGGCCAAGCAGCGCGGGGGGGCCAACGCAGGGAAGCAGGUGGCCUUCCUCUGGGCACGAACUCUCCGAGGCGACGCGGCCGUUAAACUCCUCAAGAAAUUCGGACUUCUGGAACAGUGUAUUGACUAUGCCUGUGAGAGUAUGCAGUUUGAGUUCGCCUUUGAGCUGGCGCGCACGGCCAACAAACAGAAGCUGCCUGAGAUCCACUACAAGUACGCCAUGGCUCUGGAGGAUGACGGGAAGUACCAGGAGGCCGAGUCUGCGUUCAUACAGGCGGACAAACCCAAGGAGGCCGUGUUGAUGUACGUCCAUGCGCAGGAUUGGGAGAGUGCCCAGCGAGUAGCGGAGGCCCAUGACCCGGACUCGGUGGGUGACGUGCUGGUGGGUCAGGCCAAGGUGGCGUUCACGGACAGGGACUACCCACGUGCCGAGGCUCUCCUCCUUAGGGCGCAGAGGCCGGAGCUGGCGGUCAAGUUCUAUAGGGACAGUGACCAGUGGAUGGAGGCGCUGAGGGUCUGCAAGGAGUAUCUGCCCCACAAGCUGAAGGCGCUGCAGGAUGAGUACGACCGCACUGUCCUCAGCAAAGGCUCGCAGGACGCCCAGGGACUCCUACAGCAGGCUAAGCAGUGGGAGGAGUCCGGGGAGUACAGCCGGGCGGUGGACUGUUACAUGAAGGUCACCCCCGCCAUGAGCAGCGACGCAUCCCUCCUGGAGAAGGCGUGGACCAAGGCCGGGGAGCUGGCCCUCAAGUUUCUGCCCGAGGAUAGGUCUGACUAUGUGGCCAGGACCUUGGGCCCUCAGCUGCUGGAUAUCAAGCGGUACACAGCGGCCGCACAGAUGUUCCUCGCGGGUGACAUGGUGAAGGAAGCCGUGGAUGCGUUCAUUGCCGGGCGGGAGUGGAGCAAGGCAAAGAAGGUGGCUAGCGAGUUUGACCCACGCUAUGAAUCGUACGUGGACUCCGCCUAUAAGGACUUCCUGAAGAACGAGGGCAAGGCGGAGGCGCUGGUGGAUGUGGACUUGACCGGGGCUCUCGACAUGUACGUGGAGAGUGGUCAAUGGUCUCGCGCCCUGGACACAGCAGCGCAGCACGGCCCACAGCUGCUGCAUAAGUACCUGGCGCGCUAUGCUUCCUCGCUGAUAAAGGACAACCAGGCCGUAGAAGCGCUGGGUCUCUACAAGCAGUAUGGGGCGCCUCCCUUCGCUCAGAACUACAAUAUAUAUCGACGUCUUGCUCUAGACCUCAUGAGCCUUCACUCCCUGUGCGCGCCACAAGCCUACCGCACUUGGGCUGACCUGCGCGACAUUCUCCUCUCGCUGGUUGACAAUCUCCGGCAGCAUGAGGACACGGAUGGCGUCAUGGACGAAUUUGAGUUGCUGCUUCAGUUGGCCCACUACCUCGCGGCCCGGUCAGCUUACAUGGCCACUCCGCAACUCGAGAAUCUGGUGGCCAAGGUGUCGGUCUCUGUCCUGCGCUACACACACAUCCUGCCCGCUGACAAGGCUUUCUACGAGGCAGGGAUGGCUUGCAAGGAGGUCGGCUGGAAGAACAUGGCCUUCGUGUUCCUCAAUCGCUUCCUGGACUUGUGUGAGGCGAUAGAGGAAGGCUCGCUGGACUCCCUCGACCACACAGAUUUCCUCGACACAGACAUCCCCUACGAGAUCCCCCUCCCGGACGCCCUUUCCAUCCCCGAGUCACUGCGCGAGGAGGCCAAGGAGUGGGUGCUGGCGGUGUCUAUGGAUCAACAGGUGGAGCAGAUCCUUCCCCAAGACGAACGCAUGGUGUACGAGGCAUCCCUGGUGGACAACGAAGGCAGCACAUAUCCCCCCUGCGUCAUCUCCGGCUACCCUGUCAUCCGCAGUCGCCUGGACCUCAAGCGGGGGCAGGCAGCAAGCAAGGAGGACUGGAACAAGCUGGUGAUGGCGACGAAGAUGGCGACCACCCCGGAGUGUCAGGAUGUGUUGAAGUUCAUUACGGCGUGGUGUGGCGGGCUGCCCACCAUGGGGUACAAUUUCCAGUAGAGGCGGCGAGGGGAUGGAGUGUGGAGGUGUGUUUAGGAGUGAGGAUUGUGUGGGGGGAAGGGUGGUGGAGAUAGGGGCUGUAGGAAGAAGGAAGAGGAGGAGGA